UUGGGUUCUGUUGAAUCACAAAACAUUUCAAUGGCUGCUCCUCUCCUCAGGUUUGUGUUCCUCUCUUGUUUUCAUCUCUUUCUCACUUGCUGCUAUUCAGUCUCUGCACAUAACUUGUCUCUUCAUAGGCAAGCUUCAAUCUUGGUUUCACUUAAACAAUCUUUCGAUGUCUCCACUGCUCUUACUAGCUGGAAUGAAACAAACUACAUGUCCCUUUGUUCAUGGACUGGCAUCCAAUGCGACACCAAAGAUAGAUUAGUAGUUUCACUUGAUAUAUCAAAUUCUAAUCUCUCAGGUGUCAUCUCCCCUGUAUUCACUGAGCUUCGAAGCCUACUAAACCUUUCAAUUGCUGGAAAUAGUUUCUCUGGCACGUUUCCACCUGAAAUUCAUAAGUUAACAAACCUUAGAUUUCUCAACAUAUCCAUCAAUCAGUUCAAUGGAAGCUUCAACUGGAAUUUCUCUAGCUUGAAGGAGCUGGAAGUGUUGGAUGUCUACAACAACAACUUCUUUGGAUCUCUUCCUCUGUGUGUCGUCGAGCUUCCAAAACUCAAGCACUUGGAUCUUGGUGGGAAUUACUUCUCAGGGAAGAUCCCUGUGAGCUAUGGAGUUUUGGAGGAGCUCAAUUAUCUUUCACUUGCAGGGAACAACUUGGACGGUUUUAUACCAGGUGAGCUUGGUAAUCUCACUAAUCUCAAGCAGCUCUAUUUGGGUUACUACAACGAGUUCCAAGGUGGAAUCCCACCUGAGCUUGGUAAGCUCAUAAAUCUGGUUCAUCUAGACCUUUCGAGCUGUGGCUUGGUUGGUCCGAUUCCACCUGAAUUGGGUAAUGUAAACAAGCUGGACACUCUCUUCUUACAGACGAAUCAGCUCACUGGUUCUAUUCCACCAGAAUUUGGCAACAUGAGUAACUUGAAAUCUCUUGAUCUUUCAAACAAUCGACUCACAGGUGAGAUCCCAGUUGAGUUUGCAGAGCUGAGGGAGCUUACUUUGUUGCAUCUAUUCAUCAAUAAGCUCCAUGGGGAGAUCCCACAUUUCAUUGCAGAGCUACCAAAGUUGGAAGUACUGAAGCUCUGGCAGAACAACUUUACAGGGACCAUUCCUCCAAAGCUUGGACAGAAUGGAAGACUGAUAGAGCUUGAUCUUUCCUCUAACAAGCUCACUGGUUUGGUCCCUAGCUCUCUCUGCUAUGGAGGGAAGCUGAAAAUCUUGAUUUUGCUCAACAAUUUUCUGUUUGGGCCUCUACCCCACGACCUUGGAGAGUGUGUGACACUCUCUAGAGUUCGCUUGGGCCAGAAUUAUUUGAGUGGUUCAAUUCCAGAUGGGUUUCUUUACUUGCCAGAGCUGUCACUUAUGGAGAUGCAGAACAACUAUCUAUCUGGAAGGUUUCCAGAUGAACCGAGCAAGGUGCCUUCGAAACUAGGCCAGUUGAAUCUCGAAAACAAUCGCCUAUCCGGGUCUCUCCCGAAAUCCAUCGGAAACUUAUCAAGCUUGCAGAUUCUCUUACUCAGUGGAAAUCAUUUCACAGGGGACAUCCCAUCCCAAUUGGGUCAGUUAAAGCAUGUACUGAAGUUAGAUAUGAGUAGAAACAAUCUCUCUGGUAGAAUCCCUCCUGAGAUUGGUAACUGUCUCUUACUGACUUAUUUAGAUUUGAGCCAGAACCAGUUGUCAGGACCAAUUCCAGUUCAGAUCACACAAGUUCACAUACUCAAUUAUCUCAAUGUCUCCUGGAACCGCUUAAAUCAGAGCCUUCCGAAGGAAAUUGGGGCAAUGAAGAGUCUGACCUCAGCAGACUUCUCACACAAUGAUUUCUCCGGUUGGAUUCCUGCAACAGGACAGUUUGCAUUCUUCAACUCCACUUCCUUUGUAGGAAAUCCUCAGCUCUGUGGAUCCUCCUUGAACCCAUGCAACUAUUCAAAUAGUUUACCAUUACAGUCUACUGAACAGCACUACAAGUCUCAAGUCCCAUGCAAAUUCAAACUUAUAGUUGCAUUGGGCCUAAUGGUCUGUUCGUUGGUUUUCGUGAUCGUGGCAAUCGUCAAGACCCAAUCGGUAAGGAGGAGGAAUUUGAAGUCAUGGAAGCUCACGGCAUUCCAGAAGCUGGAAUUUGGCAGUGGAGAUAUCCUAGAAUGUUUGAAGGAUGACAACAUUAUUGGGAGAGGAGGAGCUGGCAUUGUUUAUAGAGGAAUAAUGCAGAAUGGAGAACAAGUUGCAGUUAAAAAACUGUUGGGGAUAAGCAAAGGUUCAUCCCAUGACAAUGGGUUCACAGCAGAGAUAAAGACACUGGGGAGGAUCCGGCAUCGGAAUAUCGUGCGGCUUCUAGCAUUCUGUUCGAAUAAGGAAACCAAUUUGCUUGUGUAUGAGUAUAUGCCUAUUGGAAGCUUGGGAGAAGUACUACAUGGGAAGAGAGGAGGGUAUCUUAAGUGGAAUACUAGACUGACAGUUGCACUGGAAGCUGCCAGAGGCUUAUGUUACUUGCACCAUGACUGCUCUCCAUUGAUAGUGCACAGGGAUGUGAAGUCAAAUAACAUCUUGCUUGAUGCUGAAUUCGAAGCCCAUGUAGCAGAUUUUGGCCUGGCCAAAUUCUUGCAAGAUACUGGGACUUCAGAAUGUAUGUCAGCGAUAGCUGGUUCUUAUGGCUACAUUGCACCAGAGUACGCAUACACAUUGAAGGUUGAUGAGAAGAGUGAUGUGUACAGCUUUGGGGUGGUGCUGUUAGAGCUGAUAACAGGUCGAAAGCCAGUCGGUGAUUUCGGAGAAGAAGGAUUAGACAUUGUUCAGUGGGUGAGGAUAAAUACUAAUUCAAACAAAGAAGGGGUAGUGAAGAUCUUAGAUCAGAGACUAAGCAAUGUUCCACAAGACGAAGCCAUGCAGGUAUUCUUUGUAGCAAUGCUGUGCGUGCAGGAGUAUAGUGUGGAAAGGCCUACUAUGAGAGAAGUGGUUCAGAUGCUGGCACAAGCCAAGAAACCAAACACAUUUCAACCACAGUAACUUCACAAUACCAGUUAUUACUUACUAGUAAGGGCACAAAGCUGUAUAUUGUAUUAUUAAUUAAUUUCCAAAGCAUUAAAU